AUGGCGGAUCCCUAUUACCCAUACCCAACUUCCGCCCCUUCCGACGGAGCAAACUUUGCCAGAAGUAGCUAUGCCGGUUACAUUCCAUCCGAGGCACCAUCAUUGGCGUCUCCUCGUCCUAAAUCAACUGAAUUUCCGGGUUACGGAACAGAUUACCUGCAUAAAGACGUAAGCUUGUUUCGGACGGAGCCAUAUGGUGUUGAUGAUAUUAGGGGAUCUAGAGUUCACUCCGAACCUAAUGUUGUGGGUUAUUCUCCUCUUGAAGAUCCUAAAUUAAGUACGAAAAGAGAUACUCUGCCGGGUGUUGAUCCAAGCAUUCCUGAUGCGAUUGCGAACAAUGAAAGAUCAAUCUCUAAAAGCAGUUAUGAUGCUCUCCCGGUUUCAGCUGCGGAGUCAAAUAUUUUGUUUGUGGGCAGCCUUCCAAAAGACUGUACUAGAAGGGAAGUAGGCCAUCUUUUCCGUCCAUUUAUUGGCUAUAAGGAUAUCAAAGUUGUUCACAAGGAGCCAAGACGAAGUGGGGACAAGGCUAUGAUUUUUUGUUUUGUGGAGUUUACUGAACCCAAGUGUGCUCUCACGGCUAUGGAAGCUCUGCAAGCAUUGGCUCAGAAUACAGAACCGGUUUUGGACACAUCAAGAGGGUGGAUGAAAGCUUCUAUUCUAGGCUACAAGUUUGAUGAUAAAAAACCUGAUUCGCCAACCUUAAAAAUCCAGUUUGCGCACUUUCCUUUCCGCCCGCCAACUGAUGAUCGACAUUAA